UCAGGUGGCAUCCCAUUCGUGCUGACAGGGGAACUGUUCGAACAGUCCUACAGACCUGCCGCCUUCAUGAUCGCUGGAAUAGUGAACUGGCUGUGUAACUUUGCUGUGGGCCUCCUGUUUCCAUUCAUUCAGGAGGCGCUGCAGGACUUUGCUUUCCUGGUGUUUGUGGUCGUCUGCGUCCUGGGAUCCAUCUACCUCUAUUUCGUCCUCCCUGAGACCAAAAAUAAAACAUUUAUGGACAUCAGUCAGAGCUUUGCCAAGAUCAACAACAUCCCUGUCCCCUCCCCUGGCCAAGAGAUGGAGCAGGUCCUGUCCUUUAAGCCUGACAUGUAUGGAAAGGACAUCAUUAAGAUGGAGAGCUCUUUCUAGCUUAACAAACUAAUUGUUGGUAAGCAGGGUAACAUAUUUAUUUCAUGACAAUAGUCAAUGAAAUGAAAAUCAAUAGUUUUGUUUCAAUGCAUUUUGGUAUUUUUAUAUAUUUUGUAUGACUGGAAUAUUUAGGAAUAAUAGUUUACAGCAAUUAUUUGUUUAUACCUCUUAUUACAAUUAAACAAACCAACAAGAGUUUAAUAUACAGUAUGUAACAAUCAUACAUUUCAAACACCCUUAGUGGAAAUCAUUCAACAGUCACAAAAGGAAUUGUAAUGUGACUGAGGGUGGCUUGCAUACAAUAUUGAUGUGCACACUAUUAAACUUGGACCUGUAUUAACUGAUUAUUAUUUUGCCUUUUGGGGGGUUUUGCCAACCUAAUAUAGGAUAGUAGAGCCAUUUUAUCCUGCUACAGUAGCAUACCCUGGCUUAUUUACUCCAUCAGAUUUGGAAACACUAGCACCCUUCUCGAGUUGUGUCUGUGUCAACCAAUUUCCAAUCUUCAUUCUCUUUUUUCAGCUGUUGGUAUUUAAGCUGCUACUAAAUACUUAAUUUCACCAGUUUAUCCCUAACAUCAGGUGUUGAGUUUGCGAGUAUGAGGUUUUUACAUGGAAACAUCCGCUUCCAGUGGUAAAAAACAACUCUGAUGAAAGCAAUGAGACUGAACAAAAGCAAUAACGUUUUGAAUGAUAAAAUGAAAACAAUGAGAUAAAAAAGUUUAAACGCCAUGAACAGCUGACAGGAGAAGCAAUGUUGGGUUAUACCAGUGGUUCCCAAAGUGGGGGGUGCGA